UGGCUGCGGCGGAGCAUGGCUGGCACUGACGGGCGUGUCCCCUGCAGACUGUGGGCGUAGGAAGCUGUCUGUUGACCGGAUCGUGGGGGGCCAGGACGCCAGUCUGGGCAAGUGGCCGUGGCAAGUCAGCCUGCGCUACGACGGCACCCACCUGUGCGGUGGCUCCAUCAUCUCCAGCGAGUGGGUUGUCACUGCCGCACACUGCUUCCCUGAGAGAAACCGGGUGGUGAGCCGCUGGCGGGUUUUCUCUGGCGCCAUCUCUCAGGUGUCCAGCAGGGGGCAGCAGGUGGGGGUGACGGGUGUGGUGUACCACGCGGGCUACCUGCCCUUCCUGGACCCCAACAGCGAGGAGAACGGCAACGACAUCGCGCUGGUGCACCUGGCCACGCCCCUCAGCUUCACCGAGGACGUCCAGCCCGUCUGCCUCCCGGCACUGGGGCAGCCCCUCCUGGACGGCAAGGUCUGCACUGUGACCGGCUGGGGCAACACCCAGUACUACGGUGAGUGUGCGACUGCCCCUCCCCCCCAGG